AUGAAAUUGACAAAGUCGAUCCGUGUUGCUGCUCCAAUUGUUCAAGCUUUGACAACAACGACGACAACAACAUCUGCCAUUGCAUUAUCAGCCAGCAACAACAUGACAUCUGGAUCUCCGUCUCGAGCACACGUUUCUUCUGCUUCAUCUGCCCAGCAGCAGCAGUGCAAAAUUUCAACCAAAAUAGCAACGACAGCCUUGGACAAGGCACGUGCCUUGGAAUUGCCAAGUCGGGAAGAAACCUUGCGUCGGGACCAGAAAGUCUACGAUUUUUGGAAUCACAACGACGAACUGUUGGAAGACGCUUGGAAGGAGUGGCAAGCUACUCAAGACUUGCCCAAAUUAGACGAGUCCUUGAUUCAUCCUAAGUUGAGACAAGUCGUGGAUGAUAUUUGGCAAAUUGUCCAAGAAUCAUCAUCUAAUGAUUUUGACGACAAUACUGUGGCAGCCCAAGAGCUCGUCCUGAAGGAAUUGUUUGACGAAGUCGCCCCGGGUGUCUACAGUGUGCAAUUCUUGGAUUUAGAAAAGGUGCACAUUCUUCGUCAAUGGUUCGAUGCGGCAGCUGAAUCGGGCAUUCCCAUUCGUCCCCCGUAUGGGAUUGUAUUGAACCGCAAGGGAUUCAUGAUGGAUCAAAGAAGUGUGGGAUAUUGGGCGGCACCCGACUUUCAAACCUUUUACAAGGACAUUUUGAUUGAUUCCUACAUUCGGCCCAUUAGUCGUGCCUUUUUUUCCGACUCGAUUUUGGCGACUGACGAUUCGGAAUCCUUUGCCUUUUCCAUUCAGUAUCAAGUGGGAGGAGAUGAAUCCAUUCGUCACCACACCGAUGCCAGCACGGUUACCUUUAACAUUAAUAUGGAUGCGGAGCAACUAUGGACGGGGUCCAACCUCUACUUUUGGGAAUCCUUGAACGGUGGUAAACGAUACACUGUCGAUUGGGCUCCUGGAAAGGCAGUCAUGCAUUUGGGUCGGACCUUGCACGCCGCACUGCCCAUUGAAAGUGGGAUCCGCAACAAUAUUGUUGUAUGGACCAUGGGGAAGGAUGGUGGUCGUGGAUACGGAGGAGGACCGUUGACUAGUGAAGACGGAAAGUAUCAUGAAGACUAUCAGUUGACUCGUCAAGAGCGUUGGAACAAACCAGAGGGUCCUACUCAAAAACCUUGGGAUCGCUGGAGUCCUUUCUAA